AUGGCGAUGAUACUGGUGAUCGUAGUCAUGAAAUUGGUCAGCAGUAUCAACGGUUCAUGCAUCAUCGUUAUCUUCUUCUCUUGUUCGGUGCCAGGGUUGGCUCAGAAGGAAUGCCAGCUAGAGGGGUGUGUCGAAGCCAUGGAGGAAUGGACCGUCGCGUCCAUCGUUCUGGCAGCCGUGCUUGGCCUACUAUGCCUGUGCUGCCAGCUCAUGUGCUGUUGCAUCUGCACAAAGGUUGCGGUGCAAGAGGAAGACAUGACCAAAGACGAUCGUGAAUUCCUGGUGCAAGCACGCGGACAGGCCCAAGAGCGAGCGGCCCAGACUACACCCUGGGCCUUUGACCACCAGCUUGACCAGCCACAGCAAACUGACGCGUGCUUCUCCUGUGGAACGACGUCAAACAGGAAGAAGGACGUGGAAGGUUUGAGUCAAGUCCUGGAAACGGCAGCGGCAGACCAACGGGUAGCUUGGACGAAAGCGAAGGAGCAGAUUAAUAAGAACAUGCACCCGGAGGUCGGUCGCAAGCUGCGAUGUGAGAUGCGUCUGAUGUGGCUGCUUCCAUUGUUGCCCCUCGUGGCAGCUCCUUGGACCACCUGCGCUGGAGGCUCGCCGACCUGGGUCUACUUACUGUACAUCCCGGUGCUGCUGCGUUCGAAGUACAUCGAGUACCAGCUGCUGCAGCAGCUCGAGGUCUGCGACGAGAUGCAGCAGGAUCUAGAAACUGCUGGCAAGCAGCUACUCUCCUGCGAGGUCCCCUGGUCUUUGAAGUUGAUCUUUGAGUUCUGCAUCGGCGCCUUUGAACAUUUCGACUGGUUUACUGACGGCGCCAUGCCGGUCCAGGCAGCGGUCUGCGACCCGAAAGCAACGGACAUAUGGGCGACCACUUUCGAGGCCUCCUGGUUCCCAAUCUGGGUGCCGCUGAUCCGUGGGCUGCACUUCUGGGGCGUUCUGGUGAUUGCUCUUGUGUCCGCCGGCCUGGCCCAGCAGUUUGCUGCGACCAUUCGUUUGGGGAGCGACAGCCCUUUCGUGCCCCAAGACAACGCACUUGCCGCGGAUGCAGCGGGCCUAGGAUCCAUCGCUUUCUGGUAUGAACGUCAAGAACAACUUAUAAGACAAGAGCAGAUUUCGACUCAGGCACCGACCAGCAGACGUCUGGCGACCUGCCUGUCAAAAGUUAUCAUGGAGAACCUUGUCCAGUUGUUUCUGCAGGCCUCCCUCUACGGCAUUAUCUUCGACGAUUUGGACAGGAGUGGGCACUGGAAGGUACUGGCUUCCAUGUUCGUCGGCCUGGCGAUGGCACUCAACAAGCUGAUGCCUGUGUGGGGCUUCUUCAGGAAUCACGCGCAGGUUGUUUGA